AUGAAUCCACCAGCCGAAUCUCUCCUCAAAUACGAUCAUCCAGUUUUGAUCAGGGCAAACACUGACAGAAAGUCACCAAAGGGGCGCCCUUUAAAAGUGGGUCCACAGCAGGUGAGGGGACAGUCUACCCCUGUUCCACCACCUCCAAAAUCAAAACCCACCUCUACUGACACCACCAAGCAGGAGAUCCUAAACGCCAUCCUUCCACCCAGGGAAUGGACUGACGGAACCCGGCUGUGGGUGCAGCAAGUGUCCAGUGCACCUUCUACAAGAACAGAUGUUAUUCACCUAGGGGAGCUGCUGGACACAAAGCUGCAACAAAGGCAGGCCAGACAGACAGCAAUCUGCCCUGUCCGCAGGGAGCUCUAUUCUCAGUGCUUUGAUGAGCUCAUCAGACAGGUGACCAUCAACUGUGCUGAGAGGGGCCUGCAGCUCUUGCGGGUCAGAGAUGAGAUUCAAAUGAAUAUUGCUGCCUACCAGACUCUGUAUGAAAGCAAUGUGGCCUUUUCUAUGAGGAAAGCCCUUCAGUCAGAGCUGGAAAAGGUUGACGUGGAGAAAAAAAUUACUGAUCUUGAAGAUGAGAAACUGGAGCUGAAGAAGGAAAUCAACAAAGUCGAAGCCAUUGAGCAACAAAAAACUCAAAGGCGACAGAUUGAAAAAGGGAAGCACAUGGAACAGAUCCAGUUCCUCAAGACAUUCAACCUGCAGCUCAAGGUGACGUUUCAAGGCUUCAUACCACAAAAAAUAUAUCUUCCCCCUGCACUUGUUCCUGUAGUGGAUGUGGGUCCACCCGAGUUAAGGAAUUACAUCUAG